AUAAGGUAAGAUUACAGUAAGCCACAAUCAGCUGAUGCAUGAUGAUAACAACAACACAACACAAUGUUUGCUCAUUUGAUAACACCCUGAUAUUAAAUGAUGUUGGUCUACAUCUUGUCAAAAAGGGGGACUUGUCCACCGUGCUCUCGUGACACUGAUACACUGUCAGUUCUAUACAGUGCACUUGUUACUGAUAAUGGAAGCCAAAAGAAAUUGUAAGUAGUGAGGGGGCACAGCUGUUUUAUCCUGUAGAGGAGAGAUUUUAGGGAGCACAGCUGUUUUAUCCUCUAGAGAGGAGAGAUUUUAGGGGGCACAGCUGUUUUAUCCUCUAGAGAGGAGAGAUAUUAGGGGGCUACGAUGGAUUCUAGUACUGAAGAUACCCUGGAUUACCUUAAACCAAAGCCAGCAGAGAGUGAACCACUGCUGGGGAAAACUACAUCUGCACCCUCAGGUUUUGGAAAGCGACAUGUUUUGGCUUUCUGGGCAUUCCUGGGAUUUUUUAAUGUGUAUUGUUUACGUGUGAACCUGAGCGUAGCCUUGGUUGCCAUGGUGAACUCCACAGACGAUGGAUCGUCUUCCGAUAACGCUACUGAGUGUUUAGAGGAUGCUCCUGCCAACACAACCUCAUCAUCAAGUACUGGCGAGUUUAACUGGGACUCCAACACCCAGUCGCUGGUGCUAGGAGCAUUUUUCUACGGCUACAUCAUCACUCAGAUUCCUGGGGGGUGGCUGGCAGAAGUUUUUGGUGGGAAGAAACUGUUUGGACUCGGUGUACUGUGCACGGCCAUCCUAACCCUGCUGACCCCUCUAGCUGCUCGGUGGAAUCUGUACGUCUUCAUUGCUCUCCGAGUCAUAGAAGGAAUAGGAGAGGGGGUGACAUUUCCUGCCAUGAAUGCUAUGUGGGGAAAGUGGGCUCCUCUCUGGGAGAGAAGCAAACUACUCAGUUUUACUUAUGCUGGUGCCCAGCUAGGGACUGUGUUCUCAAUGCCUAUCUCAGGAAUUCUGUGUAAAUCGAACUUUUUAGGUGGCUGGCCAUCUGUAUUCUAUGUGUUUGGUGCCCUUGGCUGUGUGUGGUUUGUUAUAUGGAUGUUGAUUGUUCACGACACACCCGCCCAACAUCCAGGGAUCUCCAAGGAGGAGAGAGAAUACAUUGAGACAUCUGUGGGGACUCGAUUAAAAGUGAAGACCCCUUGGCUGGCCAUUUGGACCUGUCCAGCCCUGUAUGCUAUCUGUGUGGCCCAUUUUUGUAACAACUGGGGAUUUUACACAAUGCUCACUUGUUUACCAACCUAUAUGAAGAAAAUUCUUCACUUUGAUGUGCAGCAGGACGGCUUUCUCUCAGCGUUGCCCUAUUUAGUAUGCUGGAUGUGUCAGACUUCAUCAGGACAAAUUGCAGACUUCAUAAGGAGGAAUAAAUAUCUAAGCACUGUAUCUACCAGAAAACUGUUCAACUCGUGUGGCUUACUUUUCCCAGCCAUCCUGUUGUGUUGUGUCCAGUUUGCAGGCUGUAACCAUGCAGCAGUAGUUGCCAUAGUAACCUUUGCCGUGGGGCUGGGAGGGUUAUGUAUGGGCGGGUUUAACUGUAAUCACAUUGACAUCGCUUCCAAUUUCUCAGGAACUCUAAUGGGCAUUACCAACAUGUUUGCCACAAUCCCAGGAUUCCUUGGGCCAGCUGUGGUUGGAUGGCUGACCAGUCAUGAGAAUACACGGGGACAGUGGCAGAUUGUGUUUUACAUCUCGGCAGCGAUCUAUGUGACGGGAUGCCUGUUCUUCAAUGUGUUUGCCAAAGGAGAAGAACAAUCUUGGAACAAUCCUGAGGUGUCUGUGUUAGUGUUUAAAGGAAGGACAAUCAAUGAUCGAGAACAGUCGGACAGCAGCAGGGAGAGCACACUGGCCAAAGUCCAGGCAUAUUGACCAAUUACUGGACACUGUCCGGGGAAUUUCCAAGACAUCGAAUGCUAGGAAACUACUUGGAGGGAAUCCCUAGAGUGUUUUUAGAACAAUUAUAAAAAGGAAGUAUAUGUUAUGUUUAGUCAGAGGUGUUGGCUGUACAGCCACUGUUCUAUCAUCUGUGGGGCGUUUAGUUAUACAGCCACUGUUCUGUAGUUUGUGAUGCAUUUGCUGUACAAACAUUUGCCCAGUGAAUGGUGGAUUGGAUUGCAACACGGGUAAAAUUGUAUCCAAUUUGUUGUUUUUACAGUAUGUUAUGAAAAUGUGUACUGGAUACAGCUUUGCAAACUGCUGAUGUACAUCUUAAUUAGUUUGAAUGAUUGGGUGUGAAAAUGUUGUGAAUGCAUGUGUUGAAAAUGUACGUUCCACUUAAAAUUUUGGCACUAUGAGCCUCUUGUGUUUUUGAAAUGAUAUGAAAUUGUUAAUUUUUGAAGAAUAAAAUUGUUUCAUUUUUUGUUGGAA